ACCGAAAGGAAACAAAUCUAAAGGACUAUUGCUACAAAGGCAGCAAACUUGUGGUGCAACCAUAAGCAACGCAUAAUGGAGGAAGAAGCCAAUCAAAAUAUUGGUGACAAGAAACAAACGAAUAAUAAUAAUGGAAUAGCCGAAAGUUCUUUGGAAUUUAUACGCAACGAAGGUGUUGAUGGUGAUGGGGAUGUGGAUAUGGUUGCUGCUGAGGUGGAUCAAAAUUAUAACAUUGAAAUUCAAAGGGGCGGCUUAGGGCUGUCGGAAGAGGCAAGUGAAAAAUGUUCCACGGAUUUGGCUCCCCAUCAGACGGAUAUUGACAAUAAAUCAUUUGAAACGUCGACUAAAGUUGAUACUGAAGUAGCUGUUGGCAGUCCUUUGGAUACUCUACCGAAUGCCUUGAACAUCGAAACGGAAUUUGUUAAACUAGAGUUCACAACUGAGGCACCGUGUUCCAUUAGUCCUCAAAUGAGUCCUGAAAUCUCUGAAAAUGUUAGCGCAGAUACAACAGAUGAAAAUUUUGUUACACCUGAAGAGUUAUAUAUAAAUGAUACUGGGGAGGCCGCAUACAACAACAAUAACGAAACAGAUCAAAAAGAUUUGGAAGUCCUAUCCCCACCCAUGGGGUUUGAAGAUGAUUUUAAUGAUCCAACUGAUGCAGUCGAUGAUUAUUAUGAUGCCGAGGGAUGUACCGGUUUUGGAACAGUUGAAACACUGGAUUCGCCAUUGAAAACAUCAUCUGUGGUUGAACUUCUAGCAGCCAUGGCCUUAGGACCAAUGCUGGCAGUACCAGCAGCCGAUGAACCAGCCGCUUUAACAGCUGCUGAACUGAUUACCAUGAAUGAGCUUAAGAAUCUGGCAUUGGCCGAAAUUAGGGCUCGUUCCCAUGAUAUGUAUCCUCACAGUUUAGGCGUAAUACACGAAGAAGUAGGAGAAAUCGAUUUGAAAAAUUUUCCAACACCUGACGAAAUAGAAGAUCAGAUAAAUACAGCCAUUGCCAGUAGCCAAAUGGCGGCUGUGAAGGACGACGAUUAUUCAGCUCCUACUGCGGAUGGGGCACAAAUUCAUCCAGAAGACUCAAUGACGGAACCUCCAAAAGUAACAAACAUCGCAGGCUCGCAAGAAAAUGCUGAACAACCGAAACCUGCAUUACAAUCUGACCUAAAGAAAGACAUUUGUUCAGCCCUUACUUCCGAAGUGCAACUAGCUAGUCCGGUAGAAGAAUUUUCUGAACCUCCAGAAAAAACAAAAACUGCAAUCUCUGAGGAAAAUGUUGAAGAAACGAAAGCAACAUUACCAUCCAACUUUAAGGAAGACGUUUGUUCAGAUUCAACUUCAGGUGUGCCACAAAAUAAUCCGGAAGAUUUGGCUUCGGAACCACCUGAACCAGUCCCUGAAGAAACCGCUGAAACCCCCAAAACUUUUGCGCCAAAAAUCAAUACUACUUCCGAUGUAACACCAAUAAAUCCCGAAGAUUCCUCGGCUGUAGCUCCAAAAGAAACAAAUGUCGUAGUUUGUCAUGAAAAUGUCGAUGAACGGAAACCUGAAUGUUCGGCCCCUACUUUCGAUGUGAGACAACUCAGUCCGGAAGACUCGCCUCUGGAACCUUCAGAAGAAACAAGUAUUGCAGCCUCUCAAGAAAUAGUUGGAGAACAAAAACCUGAUAUUAAAACCGACCUUAAGGAAGAAGCUUAUUCAGAUGUGUCACAAAUCCAUCCGGGAGAUUAUUCACCACAAUCACCUGAACCAGAUUCUCAAAAAAAUGUUGAAGACCCUAAACCUGCUCUACUAUCUGAAUUUAAGGAAGACACUUGUUCAGAUAAACCACAAAUCCGUUCGGAAGAUUCGUAUGCGCAACCUUCAAAAGAAGCAAACAAUGCAGUGUCUCACGAAAUGGUUGAAGAACUUAAACCUGCAUUACCUACAGACUCUGAGAAAGGCGGAUGUUCGGCCCUUGCUUCCACUAUACUACAAGAAUUGCCUGAGAAUUCACCUGGUCCUGUCUCUCACGAAAAUGUUGAAAAACUGAAACCUUCUUUACCAUCCGAUCUUAGAGAAGAUGCUUGUUCAACACCAACUUCAGAUGUGUCAACUCUGCCUCCGCAACAUUCAGCAGAAACAAAAACUGCAGGACAGAAACCUGUAUUACCAUCCGACCAUAAAGGAGCCAAUUUGUCUGUCCCAACUACCAUUGUGCCAAAAAUCAAACAAGAAGAUUCGCCAACGCAUCCAUCUGAAGUAAACAAAAGCGCAGCCUCUCAAGAAAGUAUCGAGGAACCCAAACCUGAUCCACCAUCCGAUCAUAAGGAAAACGCUUUAGUCUCUACUUUAGAUGUGCCACAAAUCAAGCCCGAAGAUUCGCUUUCAGAACCUCCAGAAGAAGCAAAAACUCCAGUCUCCCAAGAAAAUGUUGAAGAAAAACAGCCUGAAAUACCAUCCGACCUUAAAGAAGAAGCUUGUUCAAUUCCUACCUCAGAUGUGACACACAUUCCCAUAGAAAAUGCAUCUGCGGAAGCACCUGAACCAGUCUCUGAAAUAAAUGUUGGAGAACCGACACCUGCUCUAACUUCGGCCGUAAUGGAAGACGCUUCUUCCACCCCUCCUUCAGAUGUUCAACAAAUCAAUCCAGAAGAUUUACCUGUGGAACCAGCUGAAGCAGUCUCUCAAGAAAAUAUUAAAGAAGCGAAAUCUGCUCUUCCAUCCGACAUUAAGAAAGACGCUUCUUCAGUGUCACAAACCAAUCCGGAAGAUUUGCCUGCCGCACCACCUGAAUCAGUCUCUCAAGGAAAUGGUGAAGAACCAAAAGAUGCUCUACCAGCCGAACAUAAGAAAGGCGAAUGUUCGGCCCCUACUUUCGAUCUACCACAAAAUAAUCCAGAAGUUUUACUUGAGACACCCCCUUGUCCAGUCUCUGCAAAAACUGUUGAAGAACCGAAAACAGCUCAAACAUCUGACAUUAGGGAAGACUCUUCUUCAGCCCUUUCUUCAGAUGCGAGACAAACAAAUCCGAAAGAUUUGCCAAUGGAACCACCUGAAUCAGUCACUCAAGAAAAUGUUGAACUUGAGAAAGAGGCUUGUUCAGCCUCAACUUUAGAUGUACCACAAAUCAAUCCGAACGAUUUGAGUGUGGAACCACCUGGUCAAGUCUCUCCAGAAAAUUUUGAAGAACCGAAACUUGCUCUUCCAUCAAACAUUAAAAAAGACGAAUGUUCGGACUCUACUUCCGAUGUGCCACAAAUCAAUCCGAAAGAUUUGGCUGUAGAACCAACUGUAGUAGUCUCCCAGGAAAAAGUUGGAGAACCGAAAUUUGCUGCACCAUCCGGCAUUAAGGAAGUCGCUUCUACUGAGGAACCUACUGGUCCCGUCUCUCAAGAAAAUGUUGUAGAAAGGAAAACUGUUCUACCAUUCGAACUUAAGGAAAAGGCUUGUUCAGCCCCAACUUCAGAUCCCGACGAUUUGACCGUGGAACCAUCUGAUCCAGUCUCUGCAGAAAAUAUUGCACAAUCGAAAGUUGGUUUACUACCAGACCUUAAAAAACCCGAAUGUUCGGCCUCUACUUCCGAUGUGUCACAAAUCAAUCCGAAAGAUUUGCCUUUACAACCACCUCUUCCAGUCUCACGAGAAAAUGUUGAUGAACCGAAAAAUGUUCCCCCAUCCGAAGACGCUUCUUCAGUUCCUUCUUCAGAUGUACCACAAAUCAAUUCGGAAGAUUUGAUUGAGGAUCCACCUGUUCCAGUUUCUCAAGAAAAUGUUGAAGAACCGAAACCUGCUCCACCAUCCGAACUUAAGGAAGAGGCUUGUUCAGCCCAAACUUCAGAUGAACCACAAGUCAAUCCGGAAGAUUUGACUGAGGAACCACCUGAUCAAGCCCCUGAAGAAAAUGUUGAAGAACCGAAACCUGCUCCACCAUCUGAACCUGCGGAAGAGGCUUGUUCAGCCCCAACUUCAAAUGUACCAAAAAUCAGUUCGAAAGGUUUGACUGAGGAACUACCGGGUCAAGUCUCUGACGAAAAUAUUGAAGAAUCGAAACCUGCUGCACCAUCCGAACCUAAGGAAGAGGCUUGUUCAGCUCCAAUAUCAGAUGUAACACAAAUCAAUUCGGAAGAUUUGGCUGAGGAACCACCUGGUCAAAUCUCUGAAGAAAAUGUUAAAGAACCGAAACCUGUGACACCAUCCGAACCUAAGGAAGUGGCUUGUUCAGCCCAAACUUCAGUUGUACUACAAAGUAAUUCGGAAGAUUUGAUUGAGGAUCCAUCUGUUCCAAAUUCUCAAGAAAAUGUCGAAGAACCGAUACCUGCUCCACCAUCCGAACUUAAGGAAGACAUUGCUUCAGCCCCAACAUCAUAUGUACCACAAAUCAAUUCAGAAGUUUUAAUUGAGGAACCACCUAGAUCACCAUCAGAACCUAAGGAAGUGGCUUGUCCAUCCCCAACUUCAGUUGUACUACAAAGCAAUUCGGAAGAUUUGAUUGAGGAACCACCUGUUCUAGUUUCUCAAGAAAAUGUUGAAGAACCGAAAUUUGCUCCACCAUCCGAACCUAAGGAAGAGGCUUGUUCAGCCCCAACUUCAGAUGUACCACAAGUCAAUGCGGAAGAUUUGACUGAGGAACCGCCUGGUGAAGCCUCUGAAGAAAAUGUUGAAGAAACGAAACCUGCUCCACCAUCCGAACCUAAAGAAGAGGCUUGUUCAGCCCCAACAUCAAAUGUAGCACAAAGCAAUUCGGAAGAUUUGCCUGUGGAACCACCUGGUCAAGUCUCUGAAGAAAAUGUUGAAGAACCGAAACCUACUUCACCAUCCGAACCUAAGGAAGAGGCUUGUUCAGCCCCAACGCCACAUAGCAAUUCGGAAGGUUUGACUGUGGAACCACCUGGUGAAGCCUCUGAAGAAAAUGUUGAAGAACCGAAACCUGCUCCACCAUCCGAACCAAAGGAAGAGGCUUUUUCAGCCCCAACUUCAAAUGUACCACAAAGCAAUUCGAAAGAUUUAACUGUGGAACCACCUGGUCAAGUCUCUAAAGAAAAUGUUGAAGAACCGAAACCUGCUCCACCAUCCGAACCUAAGAAAGAGGCUUGUUCAGUCCCAACGCCACAUAGCAAUACGGAAGGUUUGACUGUGGAACCACCUGGUGAAGCCUCUGAAGAAAAUGUUGAAGAACCGAAACCUGCUCUACCAUCCGAACCUAAGGAAGAGGCUUGUUCAGCCCCAAAUUCAAAUGUACCACAUAGCAAUUCGAAAGAUUUGACUGUGGAACCACCUGGUCAAGUCUCUGAAGAAAAUGUUGAAGAACCGAAACCUGCUCCAAUAAUCGAACUUAAGGAAGAGGCUUGUUCAGCCCCAACAUCAAAUGUACCACAAAGCAAUUCGGAAGAUUUGCCUGCGAAACCACCUCAUCAAGUUUUUGAAGAAAAUGUUGAAGAACCGAAAUCUGCUCCACCAUCCGAACCUAAGGAAGAGGCUUGUUCAGCCCCAACUUCAAAUGUACCACAAAUCAAUUCCGAAGAUUUGACUGUGGAACCACCUGGUCAAGUCUCUGAAGAAAAUGUUGAAGAACCGAAACCUGCUUCACCAUCCGAACCUAAGGAAGAGGCUUGUUCAGCCCCAACGCCACAUAGCAAUUCGGAAGGUUUGACUGUGGAACCACCUGGUGAAGCCUCUGAAGAAACUGUUGAAGAACCGAAAUCUGCUCCACCAUCCGAACCUAAGGAAGAGGCUUGUUCAGCCCCAACUUCAAAUGUACCGCAAAGCAAUUCGGAAGAUUUGACUGUGGAACCACCUGGUCAAGUCUCUAAAGAAAAUGUUGAAGAACCGAAACCUGCUCCACCAUCCGAACUUAAGGAAGAGGCUUGUUCAGCCCCAACGCCACAUAGCAAUUCCGAAGGUUUGACUAUGGAACCAUCUGGUGAAGCCUCUGAAGAAAAUGUUGAAGAACCGAAACCUGCUCCACCAUCCGAACUUAAGGAAGAGGCUUGUUCAGCCCCAACGCCACAUAGCAAUUCCGAAGAUUUGACUGUGGAACCACCUGGUCAAGUCUCUAAAGAAAAUGUUGAAGAACCGAAACCUGCUCCAAAAAUCGAACUUAAGGAAGAAGCUUGUUCAGCCCCAACAUCAAAUGUACCACAAAGCAAUUCCGAAGAUUUGCCUGCGAAACCACCUCGUCAAGUUUUUGAAGAAAAUGUUGAAGAACCGAAACCUGCUCCACCAUCCGAACCUAAGGAAGAGGCUUGUUCAGCCCCAACGCCACAUAGCAAUUCGGAAAGUUUGACUGAGGAAUCACCUGGUCAAACCCCUGAAGAAAAUGUUGAAGAACCGAAACCUGCUCCACCAUCCGAACCUAAGGAAGAGGCUUGUUCAGCCCCAACAUCAGAUGUACCACAAAUCAAUUCGAAAGAUUUGACUGAGGAACCACCUGUUCCAGUUACUCAAGAAAAUCUUGAAGAACCGAAACUUGCUCCACCAUCCGAACUUAAGGAAGAGGCUUGUUCAGCCCCAGCUUCAAAUGAACCACAAGUCAAUUCGGAAGAUUUGCCUGUGGAACCACCUGGUCAAGUCUCUGAAGAAAAUGUUGAAGAACCGAUACCUGCUCCACCAUCCGAACCUAAGGAAGAGGCUUGUUCAGCCCCAACAUCAGAUGUACCACAAAUCAAUUCGGAAGAUUUGACUAAGGAAUCACCUGUUCCAGUUACUCAAGAAAAUGUUGAAGAACCGAAACCUGCUCCACUAUCCGAACUUAAGGAAGAGGCUUGUUCAGCCCCAACUUCAGAUGUACCACAAGUCAGUUCGGAAGAUUUGACUGAGGAACCACCUGGUGAAGCCUCUGAAGAAAAUGUUGAAGAACCGAAAUCUACUCCACCAACCGAACCUGCGGAAGAGGCUUGUUCAGUCCCAGCUUCAAAUGAACCACAAGUCAAUUCGGAAGAUUUGCCUGUGGAACCACCUGGUCAAGUCUCUGAAGAAAAUGUUGAAGAACCGAAACCUGCUCCACCAUCCGAACCUAAGGAAGAGGCUUGUUCAGCCCCAACAUCAGAUGUACCACAAAUCAAUUCGAAAGAUUUGACUGAGGAACCACCUGUUCCAGUUACUCAAGAAAAUCUUGAAGAACCGAAACUUGCUCCACCAUCCGAACUUAAGGAAGAGGCUUGUUCAGCCCCAACUUCAGAUGUACCACAAGUCAAUGCGGAAGAUUUGACUGAGGAACCACCUGGUCAAGCCUCUGAAGAAAAUGUUGAAGAACCGAAACUUGCUCCACCAUCCGAACUUAAGGAAGAGGCUUCUUCAGCCCCAACUUCAGAUGUACCACAAGUCAAUGCGGAAGAUUUGACUGAGGAACCACCUGGUCAAGCCUCUGAAGAAAAUGUUGAAGGACCGAAACCUGCUCCACCAUCCGAACUUAAGGAAGAGGCUUGUUCAGCCCCAGCUUUAAAUGUACCACAAAGCAAUUCGGAAGAUUUGCCUGUGGAACCACCUGGUCAAGUCUCUGAAGAAAAUGUUGAAGGACCGAAACCUGCUCCACCAUCCGAACCUAAUGAGGCUUGUUCAGCCCCAACAUCAUAUGUAUCACAAAUCAGUUCAGAAGAUUUGACUGAGGAACCACCUGUUCCAGUUACUCAAGAAAAUGUUGAAGAACCGAAACCUGCUCCACAAUCCGAACUUAAGGAAGAGGCUUGUUCAGCCCCAACUUCAGAUAUACCACAAGUCAAUGCGCAAGAUUUGACUGAGAAACCAUCUGGUCAAGCCUAUGAAGAAAAUGUUGAAGAACCGAGACCUGUUUCACCAUCAGAACUUAAGGAAGAGGUUUGUUCAGCCUCAACUUCAAAUGCACCACAAAGCAAUUCGGAAGAUUUGCCUGUGGAACCACCUCGUCAAGUCUCUGAAGAAAAUGUUGAUGGACCGAAACCUGCUCCACCAUCCGAACCUAAGGAAGAGGCUUGUUCAGCCCCAACAUCAGAUGUACCACAAGUCAAUGCGCAAGAUUUGACUGAGAAACCACCUGGUCAAGCCUAUGAAGAAAAUGUUGAAGAACCGAGACCUGCUCCACCAUCCGAACUUAAGGAAGAGGCUUGUUCAGCCCUAACAUCAGAUGUAUCACAAAUCAAUUCAGAAGAUUUGACUAAGGAACCACCUGUUCCAGUUACUCAAGAAAAAGUUGAAGAACCGAAACCUGCUCCACCAUCAGAACUUAAGGAAGAGGCUUGUUCAGCCCCAACAUCAGAUGUACCACAAAUCAAUUCGGAAUAUUUGAUUGAGGAACCUCCUGGUCAAGUCUCUGAAGAAAAUGUUGAAAAACUGAUACCUGCUGCAACAUCCGAACUAAAGAUAGAGACUUGUUCAUCCCCAACUUCAAAAGUACCACAUAGCAAUUCGGAAGGUUUGACUGUUGAACCACGUGGUGAAGCCUCUGAAAAAAAUGUUGAAGAACCGAAACCUGCUUCACCAUCCGAACUUAAGGAAGACACUGCUUCAGCUCCUUCUUCAGAUAUGACACCAACCAAUUCGAAAGUCUUGCCUGCGGAACCACCUGCACCAGUCUCUAAAGAAAAUGUUGAAGAACCGAAACCUGCUCCACCAUCCGACAUAAAGAAAGACGCUGCUUCAGCUCCUUCUUCAGAUAUGACACAAACCAAUCCAGAAGAUUUGACUGUGGAACCACCUGAACCAGUCUCUCAAGAAAAUGUUGAAGAACCGAAACCUGCUCCACAAUCCGAACUUAAAGAAGAGGCUUGUUCAGCCCCAACUUCUAAUGUACCACAAAUCAAUUCGAAAGAUUCGAUUGAGGAUCCACCUGGUCAAGUCUCUGAAGAAACUGUUGAAGAGCCGAAACCUGUUUCACAAUCAAAACUUAAGGAAGAGGCUUGUUCAGCCCCAACAUCAGUUGUACUACAAAGCAAUUCGGAAGAUUUGCCAGCGGAACCACCUGGUCAAGUCUCUAAAGAAAAUGUUCAAGAAUCGAAACCUGCUCCACCAUCCGAACCUAAGGAAGAGGCUUGUUCAGCCCUAACGUCAAAUGUAACACAAACCAAUUCGAAAGAUUUGACUGAGGAACCACAUGGUCAAGUCUCUGAGGAAAAUGUUGAAAAACUUAUACCUGCUCCAACAUCCGAACUAAAGAUAGAGACUUGUUCAUCCCCAACUUCAGAAGUACCACAUAGCAAUUCGGAAGGUUUGACUAUUGAACCACCUGGUGAAGCCUCGCAAGAAAAUAUUGAAGAAGCGAAACCUGGUCCACCAUCCGAACCUAAGGAAGAGGCUUGUUCAGCACCAACUUCAGAUGUACCACAAAUCAUUUCGGAAGAUUUGACUGUGGAACCACCUGGUGAAGUAUCUGAAGAAAAUGUCGAAAAACCGAGACCUGCUCCACUAUCCGAACUUAAGGAAGAGGCUUGUUCAGCCCCAACUUCAGAUGAACCACAAAUCAAUUCGGACGAUUUGCCUGCGGAUCCACCUCGUCAAGUCUCUGCAGAAAUUUUUGAAGAACCGAAGCCUGCUUCACCAUCCGAACUUAAGGAAGACACUGCUUCAGCUCCUUCUUCAGAUGUGACACAAACCAAUUCGGAAAACUUGCCUGCGGAACCACCUGAACCAGUCUCUCAAGAAAUUGUUGAAGAACCGAAACCUGCUCCACUAUCCGACAUAAAGAAAGACGCUGCUUCAGCCCCUUCUUCAGAUGUGACACAAAACAAUCCAGAAGAUUUGACUGCGGAACCACCUGAACGAGUCUCUCAAGAAAAUGUUGAAGAAACAAAACCUGCUCCACAAUCCGAACUUAAGGAAGAGGCUUGUUCAGCCCCAACUUCAAAUGUACCACAAAUAAAUUCGAAAGAGUCGAUUGAGGAACCACCUAGUCAAGUCUCUGAAGAAACUGUUGAAGAACCGAAACCUGUUUCACCAUUAAAACUUAAGGAAGAGGCUUGUUCAGCCUCAACUUCAGUUGUACUACAAAGCAAUUGGGAAGAUUUGUCUGCGGAACCACCUGGUCAAGUCUCUGAAGAAAAUGUUGAAGAACCGAAACCUGCUCCACCAUCCGAAUCUAAGGAAGAGGCUUGUUCAACCCCAACAUCAGAUGCACCACAAACCAAUUCGGAAAAUUUGACAGAGGAACCAUCUGGUCAAGUCUCUGAAGAAAAUGUUGAAGAACCGAAACCUGCUCCACCAUCCGAACCUAAGGAAGAGGCUUGUUCAGCCCCAACAUCAUAUGUACCACGAAUCAAUUCGGAAGAUUUGACUGUGGAACAACCUGAACAAGUCUCUGAAGAAAAUAAUGAAGAAACGAAACCUGCUUCAACAAUCGAACUUAAGGAAGAGGCUUGUUCAGCCCCAUCUUCAGAUAUACCACAAAGCAUUUCGGAAGAUUUGACUGCGGAACCACAUGAACCAGUCUCUCAAGAAAAUAUUGAAGUAACGAAACCUGCUCCACCAUCAGAACUUAAGGAAGUUGCUUGUUUAACCCCAACUUCAAAUGUACCACAAAUCAAUUCGGAAGGUUUGGCUGCGGAACCACCUAGUCAAGUCUCUGAAGAAAAUGUUGAAGAACCGAAAACUGCUCCACAAUCCGAACUUAAGGAAGAGGCUUGUUCAGCCCCAACAUCAGAUGCACCACAAACCAAUUCGGAAAAUUUGACAGAGGAACCAUCUGGUGAAGACUUCGACGAACAUUUUGAAGAACCGAUACCUGCUCCACAAUCCGAACUUAAGGCACAGGCUUGUUUAACCCCAAUUGCAGAUGCACCACAAAUCAAUUCGGAACAUUUGACUGAGGAACCACCUAAUCAAGUCUCUGAAGAAAAUGUUGAAGAAUCGAAAUCUGCUUCUCCAUCCGAACUUAAGAAAGUGGCUUGUUCAGCCCCAACUUCAGACGUACCCCAAAUCAUUUCGGGAGAUUUGGCUGACAAACCACCUGGUCAAGUCUCUGAAGAAACUGUUGAAGAACCGAAACCCGCUUCACCAACCGAACUUAAGGAAGAUAUUGCUUCAGCUCCUUCUUCAGAUGUGACACAAACCAUUCCGGAAGAUUUGCCUGCGGAACCACCUGAACCAGUCUCUCAAGAAAAUGUUGAAGAACCGAAACUUGCUCCACAAUCCGAACUUAAAGAAGAGGCUUGUUUAGCCCCAACUUCAGAUGUACCACAAAUCAUUUCGGAAGAUUCGACUGUGGAAACACCUGGUCCAUUCUCUGAAAAAAAUAUUGAAGAACCGAAACCUGCUGCACUAUCCGACAUAAAGGAAGACGCUGCUUCAGCUCCUUCUUCAGAUGUGAUACAAACCUAUUCGGAAGAUUUGACUGCGGAACCAUCUGAACCAGUCUCUCAAGGAAAUGUUGAAGAACCGAAACCUGCUCCACAAUCCGAACUUAAGGAAGAGGCUUGUUCAGCCCCAACUUCAGAUGUACCACAUAGCAAUUCGAAAGAUUUGAUUGAGGAACCACCUGGUCAAGUCUCUGAAGAAAAUGUUGAAGAACCGAGACCUGUUUCACCAUCAGAACUCAAGGAAGAGACUUGUUCAGCCCCAACUUCAGAUGUACCCCAAUUCAAUUCGGAAGAUUUGACUGAGGAACCACCUGUUCAAAUCUCUAAAGAAUAUGUUGAAGAACCUAAACCUGCUUCACCAACCGAACUAGAGGCUUGUUCAACCCCAACUUCAGAUGUACUGCAAAUCAAUUCGGAACAUUUGACUAUGGAACCACCUGGUCCAUUCUCUGAAAAAAAUAUUGAAGAAUCGAAGCCUACUUCACCAUCCGACAUUAAGGAAGAUGCUGCUUCAGAUCCUUCUUCAGAUGUGACACAAACCAAUCCCGAAGAUUUUCCUGCGAAACCACCUGAAACAGUCUCUCAAGAAAAUGUUGAAGAAUCAGAACUUGCUCCACCAUCCGAACUUAAGCAAGAAGCUGCUCCACCUUCCGAACUUAAGCAUGAGUCAACUUCAGAUGUACCACAAAUCAAUUCGGAAGAUUUGCCUGAAGAACCACCUGGUCAAAUCUCUGAAGAACAUGUUGAAGAAUCAAAACUUGCUGCUUUAACAGAACUUAAGGAAGAAGAUUGCUCAGCCCCAACUUCAGAUGUACCACAAGUCAAUGCGGAAGAUAUGACUGAGAAACCAUCUGGUCAAGCCUCUGAAGAAAAUGUUGAAGAACCAAGACCUGUUUCACCAUCAGAACUUAAGGAAGAGGUUUGUUCAGCCCCAACUUCAAAUGUACCACAAAUCAAUCCGGAAGAUUUGCCUGAGCAGCCAACUGGUCCUUUCUCUCAAGAAAAUGUUGAAGAACCGAAACCUGCACUGCCAUCCGACAUUAAGGAGGGCGCUUCUUCAGAUGUGCCACAAACCAAUAUGGAAAAUUUGCCUGAGGAACCAUCCAGUUUUCAUGAAGAACCGAAACCUGCUCUCCGAUCCGGGGGUUGUUCAGCCCCAAUUUCGGACGUUCCAUUAGUUACUCCGGCAGAUUCGCCUGCGGAAUCUUCAACAGAAAUAAAACCCCCAGUAGCGCAACAAAAUGUUGUUAAAGAAACAGAACAUUCAAUAACUUGUGUCUGUAAGGAAGAUUCACUUUCAGGGAGAGCAAAACUUGCCGUACAUCAAGAAAAUGUUGAAGAACUGAAGCCUGCAAUGCCUUCAAAUCUUAAGGAAGAUUUUUGUGUAGUUCCUGUAUCAGAUGUGGCACAAGUUAGUCCCGAAGAUACGGCUGCGGAACCUCCGGAAGAAACAAAAAUUCCUGUCUCUCAAGAAAAUAUUGAAGAACCGAAAUCUGCAUCACCAUCAGAAUUAAAGGAUGUUCCACAAAUCAAUCCAGAUGAUUAUACUGCAGCAUCUUCAAAUGAAAAUGUUUAUGCCCUGGACACUGCAGUACAAUGUGAGCUUGCGAAUGGUUUUGGUUACACGCCAGAUGUAACACCAACUAAUCCUCAGGAAGAACCUACGUUAACUGCACCAUUAAUGUCAGUUUCACCAGAAAAUGUUGAAGAACCUGCAAUAACGUUACCAUGCCAACUGAAAGAAGAAUAUUGUUCAACCUCCACUCCGUAUGUACAACAAACCAUUCCAGAGGAUUCAAAUGUGGCAAUUGUAGAACAAACAAAAGCUUCUGUUUCACAAGCAGAACUCGAAACAACGGUUCCUUGUACAAUAAAAGCAGAUGUUAGUGCUGAUGCAACCUGUGAACUGAAAGAUGAGGAGAACAUUGAAAAACUCGAAACGUCAAAAAUUCCAGCCUCCACACAAAUCGGAGCAGUGUCAGAGGAUAUAAAACAGCCUAUUCAACAAAUUGUCUCACCACCAACGCUUGAACAACCCGAACCUGCGAUAACCAGUGAAAUGCAUGUAUCUUUGUCUGAAGGUACUCAUCAUGCUGAUUCUGUAGUAGCUCUAAAAGAAGUUACGGCAUCUAUAAGUCCCGAAUUUAGAUAUUUCGAACCUAUAGUUUUUAGUGAUCUUAAUGAAGAAUCAGAUUCAAUUUUUACAUUCGUUUUAAAUCAAUUCAAUGCCCACGAUUCGCCUUUAGUUCACUUAAAAGAAGUUGAUGAUGAUGACACCAACAAAGUGACCGAACUUGAAGUUAAACAGGAAAUGAAUCCACAAUUAAAUGAAAUUGUGUUGAUAGAAACUAAUGACAUGCAAGAAUGGAUUGAAGCUACUGAUUUACAACCCCUUAGCUCCGAAGAAUCACUUGCAUUGGCAAACAAAAUAGAAGUUCUUGAUUUAGCUUCCAGCCAAGAACUCAUGUCCUCUAUGGUAGCGCCUGUGACAGAAACAAUACCUGAAUCACCCCUCCCUGCUUCAACAACUUCAGAUAUUCUUGAAGCCAUUAAAGAACAUGUAGAAAGUGAAGGUACAAACAUAGGUUCAAAAACUCAAAAUGAAGAGCUUUCCGGGCUUAGUGAAAUGCAUUCGCUCGAUAAUAUUGUCCGCUAUUCUACAGUUACUUCAAAGCAAACAUUAGAAGCAUUGGGGAUUUCAGAAACCCUGGGGGAAAAUAAAGCUUCAAAAGGCACACAAGAAUCAGAUAAUUAUAUCCCAAGUUUAGAUAUUUCCAAGACCAUCUCAAAUAGUAUAACUACACUUCCAGAAACCAUAGUACAGGAAAAGGCACUUCAAAGCAAACCUUCCUCUUUGAAAGUAUUAGAGACUGGAGAUGGCAAAGUUAGUGAACAUCUAGCAGAAGUUACGCAUGAAACACUCGAAGGAGUCUCAGUUGUUAACCUAGAAACUCCAUCCAUGCCUAAACCCUCUUCAGAAGCUACCGUAGCUGUUACUCUGGAUGAAAUUUCGCUGUCAUAUGAAGCAGUUACCUCUAUAGAUUCCGAAGAAUGUGUGGGAUUAUCCUCAUCACUGUGUGAAAGGCAACAGAAAACCUGUUCAGCUUUACCUUGCCCACAUGGAGAAGCUGACAUAAGCACAGUAACUGCCGAAUCAUUUAAACUGAAGAAGGAGACAUGUCAGUGUACAAAAGUUAAUGAGUUAUUGGUAGAAGACACAGUAUGUGCGACAGAACUUAACGAUCAAGGAGGUAUUAUUUCGCCACAUAAAAUCAUUACAUUGUUAGAGCCGAUAGCAGAUGUUUCAGCUGAUUUGCAACAAGCAGCAAGGGCAAAUCCCACCUCCAAUCUGAAUACAUUACAAACUUCGUUAGAUUCCAGGGAAACCAUUUGUAGAUCAAAUAUUUGUUCUCUUGAAACAAUGAAAACAGAUGACAUAUCGAUUGAAGCAGUUACAGCUCUGGAACAAAUGGAAGAUUCCAAACAAGUUCCUUUACAUAAUUUCCAACUUGAUCCACCCAUGUUAUCAGAGCCUUCAAUUCAAGAAGCUAAUCUGGCUUCAAAUAUUGACUCGGAGCACAAUAGAGAAACGGGGAACACACUCAUUAGAGAAAACAGUUUAGUUGUUAUAUCCACUUCUUCUCCAAAAGAAAAUGUGCUACCUGAAAAUUGUACCACUAUAGAUAAGACAGAAGAAAAACAAGGCAUAACAGUGACCAGUGAGCUUAAACAAGAUGCUAUUGAAUCUAAUAUCGCCGGAUUGGAAGCUAGAACUAGGAAAAAUGCUAAACCAAAAGAUGUUAUAAAAAUUUCAGCAGAAUUAAGCCAAGAAAAUCUUACAAGCGAAACUGCAACAUGCUUAAAUGUAACGGAAUCUUGCCAAAUAAUGGAGGAACCCAUUUCAGCUAUAUCUUCAGUGUUAGAUGACAAUGAAACCAUCCUUGCCGAUAAGACCAAGGAGGAUUUACAAAAAGAUCCAAAAACAAGUAUUAUUUUCAAGCCCAAUUCAGAAACUAAAGAAGAGAUACUGGCAAGAAACCUCACUUAUGCUCUAAGCGCUGAAGGUGUUUUCAAAGCCGAUGAAAUAAUGCCAAGGGAACUUAAUGAGAAUGUCGUGUCAUUGGCAGAUAGUUCGUUGUUGACAAUGUCUCAGAAUGCAGACAUUUCAGUUACAGAAGAAAAUGUCUCUCCAUUAAGACCUAAGGAGAUAAUGCCUUCGGAACUAAAGGAGGUUUCGGAAGUCUUAGCUCAAAACUCGCCUGUUACGUUAAAAGCUGAAGGUGUUACGAAAGCAGGCGAUACAAUUACAUGUAAAAUCAACAAGGACAUCGUGUCAUCGACAGAGAGUUCUUCGUUGCCAUCUCAUGAAACUGAAGGUAUGUCUUUGAAACUGAAGGAAGCUGUUGGAGAGAUUUUACAGGAAGACAUAGCUCAAGUACCAAUUGUUGGUUUAAAAAUUAUAGAUGUUUUAGAAGGAGAUGAAAUAAUGCCACGAGUACCCAAUGAAGAUGUUGUGUUAUACGCAGAGAGUACAACAUUGUCUCUGUCUGAGGCUGCAGAAAUUUUAGGUUCAGCAGAAAAUGUCUCUUUAUUAAAACCCAACGAAGUAUUGCCUUUGGAAUGUAAAAAAUUUUCAAAAGAGCGUUGGCAACCUCAUUCCUUACUUCAAGAAGAAUCUCUUACCUUCAUAGCUGCUACAGGAAAGAAACCCAAUACAACAUUUGAACAAAUGGAUUUUUCAACAUCAUGUGAAUCUAAUAUUGAUACCUGUGGAGACAUUACGCCAAAUUCACCACAAAUUCAAACUAAAUUUAUCAAAAUAAAUCAAAUUUCUGAGACUUUAACAGUAGUUACCAAUAAAGCUGCUGCCAUAGAAAGUGAAGCCAACCUCCCCGCAUUGAAGCUUGUAGAAGCAAAUCCAAAUGAACAAAUCGUUCAUCAAACAGAAACAAUUACAAACAAUAAUGUUAUAGAAGAAGAGAUCAAAGCAUCACAUCUAGAAUCGUCUUAUUCCUCACCUUGUGAACUCAAUUUGCAUAUUGACAAUAAGUCGGCAGCAUUACAAAUUGAGGAAAUUUCAACUAUCAGUAGAGAAAUAAUUCAACUUUCUGAAUCAUUACCACAAACUAUAGAAGAUGCAGUUGCUUUGGAAAAUAAUGAAAAUAUUUUACUUAUAAAACCUGAAGAACAAGUAUUUUCCAUGUCAGAUGAACUAGAUAAUGUUUUAGAAGAUUUUAAACAAGAAGUUAUAACUGAAACAAAAUCAGUUACGAGCAAAGAUGUACCAAUAGAAGAGAGCAAACAACCGCAUGAAUGUGAAAAUAUAACCAAUACAUCAAAGGCAAAUUCGGAUUCCUCAACUAUCCGAUCUAUUCUGGUGAACGAACCAGACUUGGUGGCAGACCGAAUAACUCCAAUUACCAAUACAGUUCAUGACACCAAUGAUUUUAUAGACUAUAAAGAAAAUGUAUUUUUUCUUAAAGCUGUAGAAGUAGUACCUUCUGUGGAAAAAGAUAUAACUCAGGCAUUACUACAGGUAAACGAUAAUGGCACAGUAAAGAGCAAACAAGAAUUUGUACAGGAAAUUCUUGAAUCAGUAACAGAUGCCGAAUCUCCAAGACCAUGCCAACUAAAUCGGGAAAAAGUCUCAGACAUUGCGGCAGAUGCAUUACAAAUCAAACAAAUAAUAGCUAAAAUUUCUGAGACAAUAACACCAGGAACAGAAGAUGCAGUACCUAUAGAAAAUAAAGAAAUCGCGACUUUGGUACCGCGCAACCUGAACGAAGAUUCAAAAGAAUUUGUUCAAGAAACAUCUGAAGAUGUUAAGAAUAAGGCCACGCAAUUAAAUAAAAAUCAAAAGGAAACCAAAGUUUCAGUACCAUUUGAGGCUUCACAAGAACAAGAAGCCGGAACUCAAAUGGAAUCUUGUGUAACGGCUACGACUACAGCAAAGUGUAAAGAAAAACUAGAAAAGGAAGCCACUUCAUCAACCACAGCUCCUGAAUUUUCGCUGGCUUGUGAACUCAAUCUGGCGGAAGUCGCAGGUUCUUUACAAAUCAAGAACUUAACAUCCAAAAUUUCGGAACUAAGUCAAAUGUCUGAAUCAUUACCACAAGGUAUGGAAGAUGCGCUCCCAAUAGAAGCUGAAGAAAACAUUUCACCAUUGAACCUUGAGGAAAAAACUCCCUCGAUAUCAUGCAAACCAAAGGAAUCAUUUAUAAGCAAAAAUGUUGCUAAGGAACAAGAUUUGCAAACGCAUAAAAAAGAAGAAGAAAACAAAGCAAUAAGCGCUGUUCCUCAUCAUAGGCUCAGUCCAACACACGAUCCAGAUAUUGACAAAGAUUCAACACAAAUCAAAGAGAUAUCACUUGAAAUGUCUGCAAAAGUUCACAUUUCUCAAACAUCAUCUCAAGGCGUCUGGCUACAAAAACCUGAAGAAGUAACACUUUCGCUACCAUGUGAACAAAAUGAAGUUUCAACAGAGUUUGUACAAGAAACUGUAGCUCAAACCGAAUCAGUAAUAACUAUGAAUGUUCCUAACCAAGAGCAAAUACAACAAGCUCUUCAAAAUGAGAAGGAAUAUCUACAAUCCAGCGUACUUAACUUGGACAAAGUUUCAGCUAUUGCUAAUGAUUCAACAAUAAUAACACCUCAAAUGUCUGGAAUAACUCAAGAAUCUGAGACUAUACCUCAAGACAUUGAUGAGGCUUUGUCAAUAGAAACUAAAGAAAUAUUCUCACUACUGGAACCUGGAAAGGAAGCCCCUUUUGAACUAAAGAAUGUUUCAAGAGAGUUUACACAAGAAUAUGUACCUCAAAUAGAUUCAGUUACAACUGAGCAAGUUACUACACUAUUACAGCCUUCAGAGAUAAUGCCUGCAGUAUCAUGCCAACCUAAAAAUGGUUCUCUUGAAACAAAAUCCGUACCUCAAGGCGAACUAGUUACUAACCAAGAUGAUUCCGCAAAGGCCAAACAAACUCUUAAGCAAAGCCGAUCAUUAACUGGACAAACUAAUAAUCAGUUAGCCAAUAUAUCAAUGUUAACCACAGUUCAUUCAUUACCACAUAAAUUCAAUGUGGAAAUUGACCCAUCACAACUCAAUGAAAAAAUUAAAUCUGGUUGUGCUUGUAACGAAGAUAUUCUUCCGUUUGUGUCCAUCCAAACAGUUGAUCUUCAUUCUGACCCAGACACUUCCUUACAAUUGGAAGAUGAACCUGUGGUCACUUCUAUGCCACAUGAAGAACUAAAAACCCCGGCCAAUUUUGAUUCUAGUUCCUCACAAAGAGAUGCAGAACUUGUGGUUCUUGCAGAAAAUGUACAAAUAUUAGAUACAAUUACAGAAAACACAGUUUCCGAAAAAAUAGGACCACUACAAACAAAUCUAGAGUCAGCAACUAUAGCAUACCCAAUUUCGAUCGAAAGUUCUACUGUCAAUGAAGACAACACAGCUAUUUCGGAUAACACACUUCAACAAACACUGAAGCCAGAAGCAUCACCUAGCUUUUCAGAUAUGAAUCAGGCAGUUUCUUCCAUUGAAUUGAGAACACAAAAUGAUGUAAAGCAUGAUGCUCCAAAAUUGGAAGUUCCACCAUUGGAAAGAACUACUCCAACUGCAAUAUUAACCAACUUGGAAAUGAGAGCUGAGCAGUUAUUACGUUUAGUGCGUGAAUUUAAAAAUGAAAUGAAUCAGGCAUAUAAUUUACAAGUAAGUGAAGCAGAGCAAUCAAUUUCACUUUUAGAAAAAUUCGAAAUUUCCAUAUUGGUAGCAGAAGGAACCGUAGCAUCGAUUUCACAUAGACCUAUACCAAUGGUGAGAAAAGUUGAAAGUACACAAACCCAUAUACAAGAAUCGGAACCUUCAAUGUUGAAUGAUAACAAGGGAAAAAUCUCUCAUUUGACUAAUCAACAAGAGGAAAUACCUGUGCAAUCUACAUUACCAGUGGGACAAGAAACUGCAAUAACCUCGGCCACCUUUUCAUCAAUAGAAUCAAGAAUGGAGUCAAGAGGAACUGCAUUGUCGGAACCACCUGCAACAAUACCAUCUAAAAAUACACAAACUAAUAUACAAGAAUCGGAACCAUCAGUGAUGAAUGAUAACAAGGAAACAACAUCUCAUUUAACUUAUCAACAAGAGGAAAUACCUGUGAAAGUAUCUACAUUGUCAGUGGGACAAGUAACUGCAAUAUCCUCAGUGACCUUUCCAUCCAUAGAAUCCAGUAUGAAGUCAAGAGGAACUGCAUUGUCGGAACUAAAUGCAACAAUACCAUUUGAAAAUACCCGAACCCAUAUACAAGAAUCGGAACCUUCAAUGUUGAAUGAUAACAAGGAAAAAAUCUCUCAUUUAACUAAUCAACAAGAGGAAAUAUCUGUGAAAGUAUCAGCGAACUUUCCAUCCAUAGAAUCAAGAGGAACUGUGCUUUCUGUAACACCAGCAAUAAUGCGAAGAACUAAAUCAGCUACUGAACCAUUGUAUGGCUAUACAACAACAGAAGCUACUCUAGAAGUAACAUCACAAGAUUCAGUGCAAUCUUUGAAAUCAGUGCAAGGAGUAGAUUCGAAAUCAAACGAAUCUGAGCUUUCAUAUUCUCUGAUAGACGCCAGUACAAUGACCUCUUCUCAAGAAAUGAUUCAUUCAACUGACGAAACCUUUAAACUACAAAAGGAAAUCAUUUCAGACACCAUCUUAGAUUCUUCACAAAUUUUAGCAGAUACUUUAAAUUUAGCAGUGUUGUCAGAAGAAAUAAAAUCUCUUACAACAGAGUCAAAAAUAUCUGGUCCAAUUUCUAUAAAAGAACCUGUAGCAGGGCUUUCCCUUUUAAAAGACGACGAUGUUUUAGAUUCUCUGUCAGAAACCACACGUCCAACUGAGCGACCACUUAACACGCCAGUGAUAAAAUCAGAAGAGCUUUUAGCAUCAGCAGAGUCGGAAGCAGAAAAACUUAAGCUGACGGAAGAUUAUCUUCCCACAGAAGAAUUUUACGCGCAUCAGCCAGUAUCAGAAACUGAAAAUAUUGCAGUGAUAGAAACUAACCGAACAGCUUCUGCAUCGAUUUCCUGUCAAGAAGGAAAUCUCUUCGCUGCAGACAAUGAUGGAAAGUCUGAAACUCUGCAGCAUUUAUCGACUGAUCGUGUAGCCCUAAUUACGGAAGAUAUUGCUGGAAUUUCUGAAAGAGCUUCAACGAUAGAAAUCAAACCAACAACUUCUACCUCAGUAUCCUGUCAAGAAGGAAAACACUUUGAUUCCAGUAAUGAUUAUAUUUCUUCAAAAGAUUCUAACACACCCCGGCAAUUAGCGACUGGACAGAAACAUCCAGUUACAGAGAAAAUUACUGGAACUUCUGAAAAUAUUUCAAUUAUAGAAACAAUAUCAAAAACUUCUGCGGCAGUGUCCUGUCUAGAAGGAGAACCCUUUGGCUCGACUAAUGAUGAUCUUUCUUCAGAAAAAUCUGAUACUCUCCGGCAAAUAUUAAGAGACGCUAUAGUAGAAAAAAUUACAAGUAUUUCAAUGAUAGAAGUCAAACCAACUUCUUCGCUAUCAGUUGUAAGCGAGAAAGAAAAUCAACAUGCUUCAGGCAAUGAUCACCUUUUUUGUGAUAAAUCUGCCUCAGAGAAAAUGACUAGAACUUCUGCAAAUAUUUCAAUCAUGGAAACAAAAUCACAAACUUCUGCGGCAGUGUGCUGCCUAGAAGGAGAACCCUUUGGCUCGACUUAUGAUGACCUUUCUUCAAAAGAAUCUGAUACUCUCCAGCAAAUAUCAACAAUUACAGAGCAAACAUCAAGACUUCCCCAAAGUAUUUCAAUGAUAGAAACCAAACCAACUACUUCGCUAUCAGUUGUAAGCAAGAACGAAAAUUAUCAUGCUCCAGGCAAUGAUAAUCUUUUUUCUGAUAAAUCUGCCUCAGAGAAAAUGACUAGAACUUCUGCAAAUAUUUCAAUCGUGGAAACAAAAUCCAAAACUUCUGCGGCAGUUUCCUGCCAAGAAGGAAAAGACUUUGGCUCGAGCAAUGAUGAUCUUUCUUCCAAAGAACCUGAUACUCUCCGGCAACAAUCAACAGAUCCUGUAGUCUCAUUUACAGAGCAAAUUACGAGAAUUCCACCAAGUAAUUCAAUGAUAGAAACCAAAUCAACUUCUUCGCUAUCAGUUGUAAGCGAGAAAGAAAAUCAUCACCCUUCAAGCAAUAAUCACCUUUUUUCUGAUAAAUCUGCCUCAGAGAAAAUGACUAGAACUUCGAGCAACGAUGAUCUUUCUCCAAAAGAACCUGAUACUCUCCGGCAACAAUCAACAGAUCCUGAAGUCUCAAUUACACAGCAAAUUACAAGAAUUUCCCCAAGUAUUUCAAUGCUAGAAAUUAAACCAACUUCCUCUCUAUCAGUUUUAAGCUAUGACCAUAUUUUGCCAGAUAAACCUGUCACACUCGAGCAUAUAUCGGCCAAUAAGGUACCUUCAGUUAUAGAGCAAAUGACUAAAACCUCCGAAAGUAUUCGAAUGAUAGAAGCCAAACCUACAAUUUCUCCCUCAGAGAGUUCGUUACAGUUCGCUGCUGUCAAUGACCCAAACCAUUCUUCAGUUAAACAUGCCAGUCUUCAGUCUACUCAACUGACAUCUUUUUCAUCAAUUCCUUGCCUAGAAGGAAAAGACCUCGAUGCAAGUAGUGAGUUCCAACAAUCACACCCUGAACCAGAGAUAAAGACUCAUCGAGAAAUAUUAUCAAGAAAAGAAGUUUCAAAAGCAACUCACCGGAAAACUUCCCCAAGCCGUUCAACCGUAUUUACUACAAUUGAAAAUAUGAUACCGACCACUGAACAAUUGGAGUUGGAAGCAUUCUUGGCAUGUGAAAUGAGAGAUACAGAAAUUGCUAACACAACUUACGAUGCGACAACAUUCACAGAUUCUAAUUUAGAAAAUACAUUGAUGGGAAUAUUGUCCAACGAUAUGCCAGCAACAGCUGACAUUGCUAAACCUAUGCGGCAAAUAGCCAACUCAACUUCCGAAUCGGCAACAUCUACGGAUUCUGAGUUGGAGGAUACAUUGAGUGGAACCUUAUCCGAGGAUUUGCCAACCAAAGCAGCAAUUACCUCAGAUCUACAUUCAGUUGAUUUAGCUAGAGAUGAAACUAUAUCUUUUGAAGACUUAAAUUCCCCCGCUCUUAGCAGGCAAGCAACCACUCUGGAUAUAGAAAUGAAAACUGCAAACAAUAACAGCAAUUCUCCAACGAGCACAAGCUUUACCGUCACAUCUGCUGCUGCUGCAACAGCAUCAUCGCUAGGGCUUCACAGUAGUCUAAGGAAAUUGCAACGCCAAUAUGGCAUGGAAUACACAACACCGAGUAUUGAGGAUGUUAGUCAACAACCGCCAUCGCCAACAACUUCCGAACCGCCACCACCAUCACCACCACCACCACCACUAUUCGACUCAUCAUUGCCACAAACUUCCGGUAGGCUGGCCAACAUAUGCCACCAAUACAUAAAGGACAAACAUAUUAUGGCUGCGCUUGAAACCCGUCGUCGCCAAACGCUGCUUAUGCAUAAAUUUCUAAGCACAAUCGACUCAUAUCACACCAGCGACGAGGCUAGCAGUAGGGAGGAUAACUCGCAGGCUCAUAACGAGGUAUUACCGCAACCAUGUGAAGAUAAGUCUAAACUGGAUGUAGUAGUCACUAGUACUUGUGGUGAAUUAAGCCCAAGCUCUACCAAUACUAGUCACUCAGUUCCAACUACAACUGCUAAGCCUCCUCUAUCACCACCUCCAGUACAGCAACAAUUGGAAUUGGAAAGAGACCAAAGUACCAAAGUAGCACAUGCUUGCAAUUCAGCAUGCCAUGAAUAUGAGGAUGAGGAUUGUGGUAGAGAUUGGUUUAGUGUUGGUGUUACACACACAUUUCCGAUUUCAUAUAAUUUCAUUAAUGCAAUUCUUUUCUCAGAUCAAAUAAGUAGCCAUAAUGAGAGCGAGACUGCAGUAUCGAGUCGAACGACCAGCAUUGAGGAAAUUUUCACCAUGACAGAUGAUAAUGAAGAGAGUGAUGCUCAAGAGAAAUGCUGCAGUUUAGUUGAUGAGUGUAGUAGCAUAAGUAACCCAAGAAUAUCCAAAAAUUUGGAUAGUGAUUUAACAAAGACGAAAGCUACUAAACGUAGCCGGGAAUCGCCAUCAGGAGCGACAGCAACUACCAAAAGCCGCACUAAUACCACUACUAAACCUUGUCAUAUCAUCCCAGAUCAAGCAAUAGCAAGCGCAGCCCAUGCCCCCUCAACAUCAAGCAUUCAGAAAAAGAGCCAUAAUCGACAUAAUAGGAACGCAUUACCAAAGAGCAAAAAGCAAAUCCGUAUUAAAGAGAGCCAAGGCCAAAUGACCUAUUUAACAAAUAUUGUACCAGUUUCCACUACUACAGCAUGUUCCCCGGAAGUAAACAAAGAAAUAUCGGAGACACUUAAAAUUGACAUUGAGGAGAGAAAACCACCAAGUGACUAUAAAAUAAAUGAUUGCUUCACGCCCAUACAAACGAACUUCGCCAUACGAGAAACACUAUCGAAUGUCACAGAGAUUGUAACAAGUAAUGUAGAAGUAGUACAGUCGACUUCCAAGACUGUGAGUGGUGAAACAUCUGUUCUAAAACUUCACAGAGCUUUACCAGCUCAAGUCAUAGAUAAUGCUACAUCAAUGCCCGAUUCAACCACUUCAAAAAUCUACGACCGAGCAUCCACUUGUGAACCAUCACCAGGUACUAAUAAUCGAACAAACGAUAAUAAUAAGGCAGAUGCAUCAUCGAUUGUCAUACAAGACAAAAAGGACACCAAACAACAGGGGAAUGAAGUUUUAGCACAAGCAAAGGAUGUGGUACAAAGACCGAUGACUUUAAACCUUAGUCGCCAAGAUUCUGGUUCUGGUCCCAGAGGUUCAACUCCCGAGGCAUUUAAAUUUCUGCAGCCGAAGCGUAAACUAUUGGAACCAAGUCAAGUGCUUUCAGUGGAAGAAGAUGGUCAACCGAAACAGGAACCAGUUUUAGGUGCAAGCACUGAUAAACCAGUCAUAGAAAAAGAAGUUGUCCAUGCUAUGCCUUCGGUUAAGGCCUUAGCCAGGGCUUUUCUAAUGACUUCGUCUUCAAUACAUCACUCCUCGGAAAAAGUUUGGCUACGAAAAAUCAGAAGUCCCUCUACAAGCAAAAGUCCCAUCUCACCUGCAAAAUCAAUUGGAACUCCAAACAUCGAUACUCAAAAAUCUGAAGCGAUUGCAGCAGCUAUGUCUUUAGAUACUUCAUCGCAAGAAAAAAGUCUAACACCAACUGUUACUUUGGAAAAUUAUAGUGAUCCAGCUUCACCUGCAGAAUCCAUUACCAGUCCAGAGACAAUAUCUGAAAGUAUGAGUAAAGCACCUCCUGUGCGAAAAGGCGUCCUUAAAAGUAAUAUAGCUUUCUUUGAAAAUUUAAAGAACAAGUAAAUAUUAUUUCGAAAAUAGUAAAUAAAAGCAAUGGAUUAUAUAGUUAUAUAAGACCCCAUCAUAAAGUUUAUUUGAAUACUAAACUAUAUUUAUA